CGGUUUUGCGUCUAAGAGUGGGUUGUCUUUCAGGUCAUGUCUUCGGUGCACAAAAUGUGGAAUAAGUUUACGUUUAAACGAAUUUCGAGAACAAAUUCAAAAUGAGUUUCGAAACGAAUUGAAGUUUUUGUGUAUUUUUUGUCUGAAAAACAAUUCGCGAAUCGAUUCUCAAAUGAAAGCGAAAGAAAUGUUUUUGAAAACCAACGAAAGGGUGGACUUCCGCGAGAGGAUUGAGUUCCAGAACGCGUCGGCGCAAGAGAUCCAAGUCGUGAACAAGACUGCGCUCAACGCCGACGACGAGAAGCGCGACACCGAAGACGACGACUCGGCGACCGAUGAGUUGGCGUUCGGUUUGAGUCAAAGCGACGACAAUUCCAGCGAAUGUGAUAUCGAUUCGACGACUACUGAAGACAGCGACGACUGGGAAACGCAAACGGACGACGAGAGCGACGACGCCGUCGACGCCAAUGUGGACGUCAAGCGGACGACGAGUGGCGACACGACGACGACGAAGACGACAACCGCCGCCAAGACGACAGCGAUUCCGUCGAUUUGCGUGACGCGCGAGACCGACAAUAAGCCGGCGCUCAAUAACAACAACGACGACAAACGCGACGACAAGAGCGACGACNCCGAAGAACGCCAUUCACGGCGCUUCCCUUUAACCAAAUCGGAGGAACGGUCGCUGAAGAAGAUUCGGCGCAAAAUCAAAAACAAGAUUUCGGCGCAAGAGUCGCGCCGCAAGAAGAAGGAAUAUAUGGAGGAACUGGAGCGCCGCGUACAGGCGCUGGACAGUCGUGUGCGGAGUUUGGAAAACGAGAACAAAGCGUUGAAAAAGGAAAAGGAAAACCAAUUAUUGAAACAAAACUCAAAAUAA